AUGGGCAAUCUAGGUGACUUGUCGCCGGAGGGAAGCGUUGCCGUCGGUGUCAUCGUUGGGCUGAUCUCAACUAGCCUCCAGGCCAUCGGACUCACCCUGCAGCGCAAGUCGCAUUUACUCGAGGACGAGAAGCACCCUUACGAUGUGCGCAGACCUCCCUACAAGCGCCGGCGAUGGCAGUUAGGAAUGGGAAUGUUUGUGAUCUCCAAUAUCGUGGGAAGCACCAUUCAAAUCACCACGCUGCCACUUCCAGUGCUCUCCACGCUUCAAGCGUCCGGACUAGUCUUCAAUACGAUAUUCGCGACGCUGAUCCUCGGUGAACCUUUCACCCGAUAUUCCCUCGCCGGUACAGUUCUCGUCUGCAUAGGCGCAUUGUUGAUUGCGACAUUUGGCGCCAUCGGGGAACCGGCACAUACCUUAGACCAACUUCUGGAUCUUCUACAACGACGCCCGUUCCUAUUAUGGAUGGGUGGAACUACUCUUUUGGUGGCGGCUGUACUGAUAGCCUCAAAACUGCUGAAACUCUUCCUUCCUUCGUCACGCGCGAAGCCCCUCGGCCUCUGGGCAUUUUACGCCACACCUGCUGCGACUGCAAAGCCGAAUGAAAUUGAUCCGUGGCAUGUCCUAUGGUUUUAUCAGUGGUAUUCUAUCUGCCCAUUCGCUUCUUUUGGCCAAGUCGGCGGUGGAGCUGCUGGUGCGCACGGUAGUUGA